AUGUCUACUCCCUUUACUUUCUCUUUUACCUCGCACAUCGACCCUGAGGCAGAGUCCCUUCAGCGCGACUUCGCUGCUUUACGGCUUCGACUCGACGGUGAAUCUGCGUGUGUGCCAAAUGACAAGGGCGAGAAGUGUACCGGCGUGUACUCCCUCUACGCCGAGCAACUGAGGGCCGUUAAGGAGGAGGCCACGAAGCAGGCCGAGGUCGCUGCCGCCAAGCAGGUCAAGGGGAAGGGCAAGGGAAAGGCAGCAGAACCCGAGGACGACCCCAUGGGCGAGAAGGACACCAAGGGAGAAGAUGAGGAGCAGGUCGGCAAGGAGAAGGAAGUGCUGGUGAUGCGUCCAAAGGCUCGGAUGAGCGUGGCCAGUAAGGUCAUUAGGAACAUCCCUAAGAGUGAGUGGUGCGAGCACGUUCAGUCUGCUUGCCUCGGCAAACCUGACCAUGCGUGCGACCCUUGCCGCAAAUCCAAGGUCAAAUGCAGUUUCUCUACCGGCCGGACUGGCCCUGUCAAAAAUGCCAAGCCGAUGCAGAAAGUGUCCUCUGCGGCAGAGUCUGCCCCUGCUGGUCGCGCUGCAAAACCGAUCGCGGAUCUCAUCCGUCGCACUGCCUCUGACCAGGUCCAGGUCGAGGCCAUGGAUGUGUCGGAUGCCGAGGACGAGGUUCCCACGCCUAGGAAGCUGAUUCGGGCUCAGCUGGUACCUGUUGCCCAAGGUAGGAAGAAGUUUGCCAAGGCGUCAGAAGAGGUGAAUCAGUCGGAUGGAGAGAGUUCUUCCUCGGCUGAGGAUGAGGUAAAUGUGCAGAUGAGGAUUGAGUUGAGUCGGUUGGAAAGUCAGUUCACCCAGGUCCAAGGGUUGAUGAUAGAGCUGGCGCAGGGGAUGAACUUCAUUCGCACCUGCAUGGAAAGGAAAAGGAAGAUGAGGAAGUAG